AGUACCACACAGAGCUAAAGCAGCAGCAGCCAACAUUAAAACAUGACUUUGGCCGUGCUUCAAGCUCUCGACGGCGCUCGGACGCAAUGGUACCACAUCACCGCUAUUGUCAUCGCCGGCAUGGGCUUCUUCACCGAUGCCUACGACCUGUUCUGCAUCUCCACAGUUUCCAAACUUCUCGGACGCCUUUACUACUAUGAUCCAAGCAGUCCAAAGCCCGGAAAACUCCCCAAAGGGGUUAACAAUCUCGUCAUCGGAGUCGCCCUCGUUGGAACAUUAUCCGGCCAGCUGGUAUUCGGCUGGCUCGGCGACAAACUAGGCCGAAAGAAAGUCUACGGCAUGACUCUCAUCCUCAUGGUCAUUUGCGCCAUUUGCUCUGGUCUCUCCUUCGGGAACAGUGCGAGUUCCGUGAUGGGAACCCUUUGCUUCUUCAGGUUCUGGCUGGGUUUCGGCAUCGGCGGAGACUAUCCUCUCUCCGCCACCAUAAUGUCCGAGUAUGCCAACAAGAAAACCCGCGGCGCAUUCAUCGCCGCUGUUUUCGCCAUGCAAGGCGUUGGGAUUAUCUUUGCGGGUCUGGUAUCAAUGAUUAUGUCCAAGAUUUUCCUCAACAUCUAUCCCGCGGAACCGUUCCAAACCGGAGACGAAAUGACGAGGGUGUUUUCGACGCAGCCGCAGGCAGAUUACCUAUGGCGGAUCGUGCUAAUGAUGGGAUCUCUCCCUGCGCUUUUAACUUACUAUUGGAGAAUGAAAAUGCCCGAAACGGGUCGAUACACGGCCAUAAUAGAAGGGAAUGCGAAACAAGCAGCGAUGGAUAUGGGUCGGGUUUUGGAUAUUGAAAUCCAAGCUGAGCAAGACAAGUUGUCUCAGUUCAAGGCCGACAACAAUUACAAAUUGUUCUCCAGCGAGUUCUGGAACCGCCAUGGAAAGCAUUUGAUAGGCACAAUGAGCACCUGGUUUUUGCUAGACAUUGCGUUCUAUUCCCAAAACCUAACUCAGAAAGACAUUUUCCCUGCCAUAGGACUAGUAAAGCAGGAUUACGAGGUUAAUGCUCUCCAAGAAGUUUUCGAAACUUCCCGAGCAAUGUUCGUCGUGGCUCUGUUUGGAACUUUUCCAGGUUACUGGUUCACCGUCCUUUUCAUCGAGAAGAUCGGUCGCUACAUUAUCCAACUUGUUGGUUUCUUCAUGAUGUCAGUAUUCAUGUUGAUCAUCGGUAUCGAAUACCAGUACCUGAAAGAGGAAAACAAGUGGCUGUUCGCUGCUCUAUACGGGUUGACUUUCUUCUUCGCCAAUUUCGGUCCCAACAGCACCACUUUCGUGCUUCCCGCCGAGUUGUUCCCAACGCGAGUCAGGUCCACUUGCCAUGCGCUUAGCGCCGCGGCCGGGAAAGCCGGUGCAAUGGUCGGAGCGUUUGGUGUGCAGUACUAUACGUUGGAUGGUGAGACGGGGAAGAUUAAAAAGGCUAUGAUACUUCUUUCGGUGACAAAUAUACUUGGAUUUUUCUGCACUUUUCUGGUGACGGAGACCAAAGGAAGGUCUUUGGAGGAGAUAUCGGGAGAGGACGGUGGUGCCUAUAAUGAAACUCAGAUGACUGGAAGAUCGUCUAUGAACCCGCAGGGUAGCCAAAAUUAA